UUUGCCGUUUUGCCGGCUGUCCAAAUAGGCUGUCGUCAGUUCACAGCGAUUGUGGAAGUCGUCGAGAAGGUUUUGCGCAGGUGGCGGGGCUGCUGCGUUGGAAACCUCAAACUUUGGCAUUUCAAACGAACGCGCGCCGGCAGGUGUUUUAACGAUCGCUCGGAUGAUGACUCGCCUGACUUGUGCAGAUCGAUCGUGCCAUGCCGCGGUCGUUUCUUGUGAGGGGUAAAAGGAAUCACCCCGCUGGUGCGCCCAAGGACUUCUUCAGACGGCGGGAUCGAUCUCACGCUGAUCGAGUUCAGCCGGCGGACACCGAAGAUGACGUGCGGGCCGAUUUCCCGAAGGAGUCCCCGUCUGAGGGCGAUCCCCCGUGGGAGGGAACGUCUUUUCAGAGUCAACGCUGUCUUCCAAAGGAGGCCUGCGCGUCUGCAAACUCCGGCGAGAGGAAUACUCACGGCGUGCGGGACUCUGCUCGGUCAGCGGAAAGACACCAGACGUCGGACAGAGAGCGAGAACUGGAACGGCUGGUCUUCACGCUCCUGUGUCGCGCAUCGCAUACGGACCUCGGAACUCCACUCAGCCACUGUCCGCUCUGCGAAAAGUCUCUUUCGCGGUCCGACGAUCUGCGAGCUCACGUCGGCGCCGGCUUUCCUGUCCCAUUGAUGAGGUCCCAAGCCCCCGACAUGUCCUCGAUGACUUUCGCCGCAAUCGACAGCUUCGGCAGAACCAAGGCACGGAGCUUCGGCUGCAAGGUAUGUGGAAAAAUGUUCAAGCGCUCGUCGACGCUGUCCACGCAUCUGCUCAUCCACUCCGACACGAGGCCGUACCCGUGCCAGUACUGUGGCAAAAGGUUCCACCAGAAGUCAGACAUGAAGAAACACACGUUCGUCCACACAGGUGAGGUGCGGUGCGGUAGUUGUCGCCAACGGCUGUCGGAUAUCCAAUUGAGUGGGCCCCGCCCUCUUUUUCUGGGCUCAGGUGAGAAACCGCACGUGUGUAAGGUGUGCGGCCGAGGAUUCAGCCAAAGCUCCAACCUCAUCACUCACACUCGCAAACACGACGGCCACCGACCGUUCAGCUGCCCGCGCUGUCGCCGCAACUUCCAACGCAGGGUCGACCUACAGCGACACCAAGAGGCUCCGUGUGGCUAUGGAAGCAUAUACGCGCAAAACUGACUGCCUCGCACCUGUGCCACGCAGAAGACUGAUUAUGGAAGUUUUAGCGAGAAUAAAUAA